CAAUAAACAAUAGCUGCACCAUUAUAGCUGACUAAUUUAUUGCCCUGGGCUUGUGUGUAUCUGUCCUCUAUGCGUCAUGUAAUGAGAUAUUGGAUGUCUUUCCCAUGUAGCCUAGGGGAGGUGUGCUAUACAGCUGUAGAACUGAGGAUUAGUGCAUACAUUGAGACAAACUGAACGUUUGGGUAUCACUUUAUGUCUCGUCACAAUGUUAAAUCAGAUGCUGAGAUUUUUAGAGCAUUCCCUUCUGAAGAGAGCAGGGAUUGGGUGUUACCAUGGCAACCACCGAGAACUGCUGCCCAGCAUUGGCAGCUCACUAACACUCUUCCGGUUAUUUUCCUCAAGGGAUAGAUCUUAGAGUAGAUUACCCAGCAUCCACUGCAGCACAUACAGCACAAAAGCAGAAAAGAUUAACAAAAGAGUAAUAUCGCCAUUUCCUCUCCUCCUGACUUCAUUAAUUUAACGGUUAUUGAAACACCUCCAGGAGCCAAUUAAAAUGCAGAAACAUCUAAAGUAUCUGCAUGGUGCCCAAGUGGUUGUGCAUUCAGCCUAUUAAAUCUGGAACAAGACUAGCCAGAUGAAAAAGACGAACCAGCUGUGCUUAAAUCCCUGUGGACCGUCACGCAUGCUUCAUCAUCAAACAUCUCUCCGUUCUUCAGCUCACUCUCCCCCUCUUUUUUAUAUCUUAUCAGAGGCAUCAGCUUUCAAUUUAGGGUGUCCUGUGCUGUCCAGAUUAAUUCAUGCUGUCCAAACCCUGCUGAACUUACAGUUUGAUGCUCUGUUAGCUGUGUCCUCAUGAUCUAAAAGCAGUUGCGUCAAAAUCAGCAACUGCUCUGGCCAUUGUGUUCCGGGCAAAUUGGUUUUCUUCAUUGAUCUGUGAGUCUGAACUUUAAUGGAUUGAUUUUCGGGUUAUGUGUUAUCUUUACAUAAUCCAGCCUGUCCUUAGAUGGACCUCACCCGAGCGUAUAAAGGCACAAUGUCCUCCAGAGAGGUCUGAGUGAAUGUCCUGGGGUCUGGCCGGCUCUGCUAAUGUAGUUUAACACUGGCUGAGACUGGAAUCUGUCCGGUCUGGAGAACGCAGCAGUCUGUUUGGAUCCCAUCGAGUGAUGAUGUCAUACCCAACGGCCUCCUAUGACCAGCUGGUGCGGCAGGUGGAGGAUCUCCGUAAGGAGAACUCUCACCUGCGCCGUGAGCUUCAGGACAACUCACACCACCUGUCCAAGCUGGAGAAUGAAACCUCUGACAUGAAGGAGGUUCUGAGGCAGCUGCAGAGUAAACUGGAGCAGGAGGCCGGAACUCUUGCCUCUUCAGGCAGAACUGAUGUGCUGGACCAGCUCAAAGAGCUGCAUAUGGACUUGACCAACUACUACGAGCUCAAGUACCAGCCUCACAACCUGCGUAUGUUUCCAGAGAUGAUGGCUAGCCAGGUAGGAGAAGGUGAGGAGAGACUGAGCAUCGGCAGGGCCAGGAGUCCCGCCUGUCCACCGUCCUGCCAGUCCUCACCUGCAUCUGGAGAGGGCACAGCUGUGCACCCUGGGAACCCUCAUCAGGCCACUGGAGAAGGCCGUAUCACUGCCCAGCACUUAGAGGAUCUCUGUAAAGAGAGGUCCAUGUUGCUGAGUGAGAUAGAGAAAGAGGAGAGAGAGCGGCGGUGGUAUUACUCACAGCUGCAAGGAUUGUCUCAGAGACUGUCCGAACUGCCGCGGCUUGAUACGUUCUCCAUACAGGUGGAUUUUAUUCGCCAGCAGCUGGAGUUCGAAGCUCAACAACUGCGCUCCGUGAUGGAGGAACGUUUCGGCACCAGCGACGAGAUGGUUCAGAGAACACAAAUUCGUGUUGCUCGAUUGGAGCAGCUGGAGAAAGAGCUUCAGGAGGCCCACAGCUCACGUGGUCCUCAAGAGAAGAGUGCUCUACCAGAGACUCAGAGCACCGAGUGCCUCUCAAAAGCAUCUGUGUCUGACAUGGAUACCGGAAGUGUUGGUACUUUGGAGGCCCCUGGAGAAGCAGGGAGCAAAGUGGAGAUGGUGUUUUGGCUGCUGUCCAUGCUGGCCUCUAGAGAUCGAGAAGAGAUGUCCCGUAACCUUCUGGCAAUGUCAAGCUCACAGGAAAGCUGCAUUGCUAUGCGCAAGUCUGGAUGUGUCUCACUGCUUGUGCAAAUACUACAUGAGGGUGGAACUGGGGAGGCAGCUGGGACAGGGGGCUAUAGUCGGGAAGCCCGUUCACGAGCCAGUGCUGCCCUGCACAACAUUGUGUACUCACAGCCAGAUGAGGGCCAAGCACGUCGUGAGAUGAGAGUUCUUCAUGUGCUAGAGCAGAUCCGCUCACACUGUGAGAAUGGCUGUGACUGGAUUGAGAACCAUUUAAGUACCCCCUCACCUGGUGGUGGCAAAAGCAUAGGUGAGCUCUGGUUAAGCUAUAGUCAAUGUGUUAUAUAAUGCGAGACUUACCAUUCAUUUUGAAUAAUCAUAUUUUUUUAUUUGUGUAUAUCAAGUUCCGAACAAAAAGACAAAGCUUAUACAUAUAAGUUAUAAGUACUGUUAUGAGUAACUGUAUGUAUCAGAUUACUUUCUUAUAAGUACUUACUUUAAGUAUUGGAUUUACUAGAGAGGUUCAAUAUGGUGAUUUAGACUACGUCCACAUGAAGACAGAGGUUUCCCUAUCCAAUCUUUUUUCCCCCCUCGUCUCAAGAAAUAUCUGCGUCCACACGAAACCACAAAACUGACACAAAACGAUAUAGUAUACAUGCCAG